AAAAUACAUAAAUCAUUAAUAGACAAAAGACAAAAAUAGCCCUAUCAAAAUUCUAACUUAAUUACACACUUUCUCUCUCGGCAUGCGAUGAGAUUGACGAUGGUGAUAGCGAUGAGAUCCAGUGACGACGGCUACGGCGACGAGAUCGGCGGCGACGAGAUCGAGACGACGGCGACGAGAUCGAGCCAGGGAAAUUAGAUCGAUUGUAUCCUCUCUCAUGAAGCAAACUGAGCGACUACGGCGACGAUCGACAUAACCAAUGACUCGUCGAUAGUUGGACUGGCGAUGCAGAUUCCAUCUUCAGGAGUUGUUGUUGGGAAGAGCAGAAUCAAGAGCACUCCUGGAUCUGGCGAGGCUCUCUUGAGGGGUCAGGUCAAGAAUCUGUUGCAGAAGGUUGAAGAAGAAGAAGCACAUCUUAUUAAAAAGAUAUCAGUUGAAUCUCGUCCCUUCAUCCAUCUCGCUACUUCUCCCAUGGGACUCCUCGCUCCGACUCCGGCCAACACCCCCACAAGUUAUCGAUGGAGUGCAGAUUGUGAUCACAUAUCCCGUUGUUUCAGGACAGCUCAGAGCAGCAGCAGCAUCAUCUCAGGUGGAGGAGAGGGAAAUGUUUGUGGAGAAAGACGAUAGCUUGGACAUCAUUCUCUUAUAGUUUUUUUAUAAGGCCUUAUAAAAAGGCAUAAUUGAGCAUUGAGAUGAUUGAGCAUUGAGAGAUACUUGGGGUCUCUGUUGAUGUUGUGAGUUGCUAUCAUUUUGUCUGUCAGAUACCUAGGCCA